AAAAAAAAACAGAAAAGAUCACCGAGGAACCAAUCUCUCCACUAACUUCACCACACUCACUUUCUUUAGUUUCUUUCUCUCAUCAUGGCUAAUUCUAAUAAACCACCCGAGGAAGCUCCUCUAAAAUACCAGACAUGGGUGUUGAAAGUCUCGAUUCACUGCGAAGGUUGUAAGAAGAAGGUCAAGAAAGUUCUUCAGAACAUCGAAGGGGUUUAUACGACGACCAUUGAUUCUCAGCAGCACAAGGUGACGGUCACCGGGAACGUGGACGCGGGGACUCUAAUAAAGAAGCUCUUGAGAUCGGGGAAACACGCCGAGCUUUGGCCGGAGAAUAAGCCCGCAGGGGAGAAGAAAAAGUCUGGAAAAUCGAAGAACAGUGCUCAGAAACAGAAGGACGGCGACAAGGAUAAUAGUAUUGUUGAUCAAGAUGGGGCUACGGCUGAUAACGGCGAAAAGGCAGACAACGCCGCUAAAAACGACAGCGGAAAAGAUGCAGACAGCGGCGGUGGAGGCGGCGAAGACAGCGACGACAAAGAAGACGGUGAAAACGAUGACGCCGGCGGAGAAAAGGGUGGUGGUGGGAAUGGUGCUGGCAAGAAGAAGAAAAAGAAGAAGAAGAAAGCUGGAGGCCAAAGCGGGAAUUCCGGUAAUGCAGGCGCCGGCGGCGAGAAUCCAGGGGAUGCUCCGGCGGCAGGUGGAGGGUUACCUUUGCCGGCAGGUGCACCGGAUACGGGUCCCACCAUGAAUAUCGGCCCAACAGUUCAGCAUGUUUUCCCCUACCCACCGACCUAUUACCAACCGGCUCCUCCUCCCUCAGUGUACGGACUAAAAUACAAUACGACGUACCAAAGCCCUAGUGCUUCAUAUUUCGCUCCGAGCAUGCAUGGGAACAUGUACUCUCAUCACGAGAUUUACCCGGCGCCUGAUCACGUCCACAGUUACAGCGACGAUGACGAUGAUGAGGAAGUUGGAUGCUCAAUUAUGUGAGAAACUAAAAGUACUAUUAAUUGCGACGCGAUGGGAUAUUGCAAAUUAUGUGCUUAGUUAAGAAUUAAUGAGAAGGGUGCUAUACGUAGAAUAUAUUACUACCAGCAUAAAGUGUAGUACUAGUGUGGGUGGAAAGUGGGGCUGAUUUUGUACUACUGAGAGAUGAGAAGCAACUUUAGUGUGAAAAUAUGUGUGAAACUUAAAAAAAAAAAAAAAAAAAAAAAAGGAAAAAGGUUGCGUGGUAUUAAGGUGGUUCUUUAAUGGGUUUAUGGAGGAUUGUCUUUUCUAGCC